AUGGCUCAUCGUCGUUGUCUCCAAACUUUAAGCCGUCACCCUCCAUUCCUUCUCUCCUCAAACCCAUGUCUCCAUUCCCUCAAAACCCUAAACCCUCAUCACCCACAACCUCUAAACCUGAAUUCAACGAAUUACCCACAAAUCCUAGCUACCAAAUUCCACCACAUUUUCACCAAUCCCAGAUCCAAUUUCAAUACCCAAUUCCCAAAUUUGUCGAAAAGCUUUUGUUCUGGUAAGAAUAACGAGAGCGAUGAUGACGAAAGUGAAGAUGCAGAGAGUGGUGAUGAAGUUGAUGAUGAUGAGAAUGUUUCGACGUCUAAGUCACUGGAGGAGAGAGAAAUUGAGGCGGCUGGUAUUGGGUAUAAAGUGAUUGGGAGGCUAGAGAAGUCGGACCAGGUUUUCAAACCUUACGAGCCCGUUUUCGCUGUUGUUCAGAUUGGAUCACACCAGUUUAAGGUGAGCAAUGGGGAUAGCAUUUUUACAGAGAGGCUAAAAUACUGUGAAGUGAAUGAUAAGCUGAUUUUAAACAGGGUUCUUAUGAUGGGCUCGAAAAUGCAGACGAUCAUUGGCCGGCCUAUGUUGUCUGAUGCCACAGUUCAUGCUGUUGUUGAAGAGCAUGCAUUGGAUGCGAAAGUACUCAUUUUCAAGAAAAAGAGAAGGAAAAACUAUCGUCGAACUAAAGGGCAUCGACAGGAAUUGACAAAGCUGAGGAUAACAGAUAUACAAGGAAUUGAAAAGCCCGAAAAUGCAGAAUCUGGAAAGACAGUAAUGGCAUCUGUUAAGAAGGUAGAAAGGGUAGCAGUUGCUGUCUAG